GUGGGGAGGGGGAAAGAGAAGAAGGGGAAAUAAACCUCUUUGGCUGGAGUAGGGUCCGGGUGAGCAGAUUUCCUUAUCCGGGAAUCGCAGGCGGGGCGGCCAUUGGCUCCGGGGAUCACGUGGGCCCCUAACUUUGUUCACUUGACAGUAAGUAGGAGGGCUUUCGGAAACAGGAAAACGAGUCAGGGGUCGGAAUAAAUUUUAGUAUAUUUUGUGGGCAAUUCCCAGAAAUUAAUGGCUAUGAGUUCUUUUUUGAUCAACUCAAACUAUGUCGACCCCAAGUUCCCUCCGUGCGAGGAAUAUUCACAGAGCGAUUACCUACCCAGCGAGCACUCGCCGGGGUACUACGCCGGCGGCCAGAGGCGAGAGAGCGGCUUCCAGCCGGAGGCGGGCUUCGGGCGGCGCGCGGCGUGCACCGUGCAGCGCUACGCGGCCUGCCGGGACCCCGGGCCCCCGCCGCCUCCGCCGCCGCCCCCGCCGCCGCCCGGGCUGUCCCCUCGGGCUCCUGCGCCGCCGCCCUCCGGGGCCCUCCUCCCGGAGCCCGGCCAGCGCUGCGAGGCGGUCAGCAGCAGCCCCCCGCCGCCUCCCUGCGCCCAGAACCCCCUGCACCCCAGCCCGUCCCACUCCGCGUGCAAAGAGCCCGUCGUCUACCCCUGGAUGCGCAAAGUUCACGUGAGCACGGUAAACCCCAAUUACGCCGGCGGGGAGCCCAAGCGCUCUCGGACAGCCUACACUCGCCAGCAGGUCUUGGAACUGGAGAAGGAAUUUCACUACAACCGCUACCUGACGCGGCGCCGGAGGGUGGAGAUCGCCCACGCGCUCUGUCUCUCCGAGCGCCAGAUCAAGAUCUGGUUCCAGAACCGGCGCAUGAAGUGGAAAAAAGACCACAAGUUGCCCAACACCAAGAUCCGCUCGGGUGGCACCGCAGGCGCAGCCGGAGGGCCCCCUGGCCGGCCCAACGGAGGCCCCCCCGCGCUCUAGUGCCCCCCGCGCGGGAGCCGCGAACCUCGGGGCGGGGGUGGGUUGUGAGCGCUGGGCGGGGGGG